GAAACUACUUUGAUAUCCAACACACUCUAAUUUCUCAAUCUUAUCCUACCUCUCUUUUCUUGUUAAGAUCAAAACAUGUGGUUUGUACUCAGAGAUUUGGUAUUUUCAUUGGCAAUACUUCUGUUGUUGUUGGGAACAUCAUGUUCAAGUUCUUUUGUCAAAACUGAAAAUAAGAUAAAAUCAGCUGCAUUUUUGUCUCCUAAAUUUGAGCUAGAACCUGGAUCAGUUAUCGAGAAAUACUAUUAUGAUAUUGAUUUUCCAAAAGGUCAUAUAGCAAUUAAGAGUUUCAAUGCCGAAGUAGUUGAUGAAGCUGGAAAUCCUAUACCUCUCCAUGAAACUUAUCUCCAUCAUUGGGUUGUUGAAAGAUAUUAUCAAAGUAAACAUCCCACACAAACAAGACAUGAUGGUCAAAAGAUACCUGAAAAUUCUGGUAAUGUUAUGGUGAGAAACAAUGGUAUAUGCCAGGGAAAUAAGAAUGGACAAUACUUUGGCCUUGGAUCUGAAACACGAGGAACGACAAUGGAUAUUCCGGAUCCUUUUGGAAUAGAAAUAGGUAAUCCUGAACAGGUUCCGAAAGGAUUUGAGGAGAUAUGGAUGGUUAAUAUUCAUGCCAUCGACACUCGCGGCGUGGAAGAUAAGUUAGGGUGCACUGAGUGCAGGUGUGAUCUUUAUAAUGUUACAGUGGAUGAAGAUUUGAGCUCUAUAAGGCCAAAUUAUAAAGGAGGAUUGUUAUGUUGUUAUGAUGAUACACAUUGCAAGUUGAAGGAAGGUUUUGAGGGACCAAAGAGAAGUCUCUAUCUAAAAUACACAAUUAAAUGGGUUGAUUGGGAUGAUUUUAUUGUGCCUGUUAAGAUAUAUAUGCUUGAUGUUACUGAUACUUUGCAACUAUCUAAUUAUUCAGAAGGAUUGAACUCAGAUCAUGAUUGUCAGGUUGAGUAUCAAGUUGAAUCUUGUAGCACAGAUCAUAAGGAGGGAAAUGGUUGUGUUCAUGUGAAGAGGACAAGUCUCCCACUAAAAACCGGUGGCUAUGUGAUUUAUGGUGUUGCUCAUCAACAUUCAGGAGGAAUUGGAUCCACCCUAUAUGGACAGGACGAGAGGAUUAUAUGUUCUUCAAUACCAAGUUAUGGAAAGGGAAAUGAAGCAGGAAACGAAGCAGGAUACAUUGUAGGAAUGUCCACUUGUUAUCCUCAACCAGGUUCUAUCAAAAUAAUUGAUGGUGAAACUUUAACUCUAGAGUCUAUCUACAACAACACCAAAGAACACACCGGAGUAAUGGGGCUUUUUUACUUAUUGAUUGGAGAAGAACUCCCAUACCAACACUUUAGACAUUCUACUCGUUCUUCAUUUCUUAUGGAUGUAAAUAAUAUAUUUUUAGAUAAUUAAUUUCAUGUAUGCAUGAUAAUAUGAGGGGAGUGUCAUGGAUGAUAUCAAAGUAAUAUAUGAUUGAUCAAAGAGCUACAGGAAUAAAUACAGUACUCUCUGUAUUAAGCUAGCUAUAAGAGAAAAUUAAGUGAUGUUGGCAUAUUCUCAAAGUCUCCAUCAAUAUUUUUGAUGCCGUGUUUUAGUGGUGUAUGGUUUGUAUUUAUUGGCUUAGUGUACUCUUUUCAUUGUAUCACAUGGCUAUGUGAUAUGUUACUUGUACACACCAUAUAUAUGCUUCAUUUGUAAUUGUGCUGUAAAAGGGACUUUCAUUCAGUAUGAAAUAUAUUUGAUUUUAUUAGGA